AUGCACAGCACUGGCAUGGGACGGGUAAUUAACAGAAUAUUCACAUUCGGCGCCAAACCAACUGACCAUAUGAUGAAAAUAGCGGUCACCAGUUGUGGUGAUCAUCACAUUCUUGAACAGACAUUGAAUCGGCGCCUAUAUAUGGAAAGGUUACUGGAAUGGCCGGCCAAUAUUCUUGCUCGAAUUAGUUUUGAAAUACACCAAGCAACAUUUCCCAAUGUGUCAAAUCCAGAAUACUUUAGAAAGGCAUUUAAACCAUGUGCAUCGCAACGACUAUUCUAUCCAAUAUUACUACCGAAUUACGAUUCAGUCAUUCAUAUCGACAGCGACUCAAUAUUUUUACAACCGGUAAACGAGUUGUGGCAACACUUCCAGCGUAUGAACGGCAGUGAAUCGGUGGCGAUGGCGCCGGACAACACCAAUCCAAACACAUCGUGGUAUAAAAAUUACAACACCGGUCGCCACCGCAUACCGACGCCCACACUAUACUCGCUGAACACUGGCGUUAUAUUAAUGAAUUUGACCAGGAUGAGAGAGACAGACUUUUUUGGCCAUUUGGAGCCUAUUAUCGGGACAUACGGGUCGAGAAUCAAUUGGUUUGUCAACGACUUUAUGUCCAUAUAUUUGCAUCAAUUCCCGGACCGGUAUCUGAAUGUGUCGUGUCGUUGGAAUUUUCUCACAGACCAUUGCGAUGAGGGUCUGGCCCUCUGUCCGGCCGCCCAUCGGCUCGGCGUAGGCCUACUUCACGGCAGUCGCCAUACGUUUAUGUCGUGGUCCAGAGCGCCCGCCUUUCGGGCCGUUUACCUCGCGUUUCUUGACUAUCAGUUCAAUACUGAUUUACGACUGAAUCUAGUUUUGCCACUAAAACGUAAUUGA